AUGGCUACUUUGACAACUAAGAAAUGUAAUGGGGUAAGUGGUGUUCGUGAACACAUCAUAGAACUGAACAAUAUUGCUGAACAACUUAUGGGUAUGGAUAUGACUAUUUCUAAGUCCUUUUUGGUACAAUUCAUCCUUAACUCUUUUCCUCCACAAUUUGGUCCUUUCAAGAUCAAUUAUAAUACACAAAAGGAUAAGUGGAAUGUUUCUCAACUUAUCUCUAUGUGUCACGAAGAGGAAGAGAGGUUGAAAAGAGAAGGAUUGCAGACUCAGACUGUGCAUUUGGUAUCACAAGGUCAUAAUGCAAAUAGACCUAAAAGGCACAAAAGGAAGUAUCCUAAGGCACCAAAUAAAGAGGCAUCCAACCAUAAAGGUUUUGGUGGGCAAUGCCAUUUUUGCAAGAAGAAGGGACAUAUGCAGAAAGAUUGCGUAAAACACAAGGCAUGGUUUCAAAAGAAGGGGAUACCUUACAACCAGCCAACCAAUGACAAGGGAAAAGACAAUACUAAUGGGGAACAAGAUGGGGAUUGCAUUAAGGGUAAGCAAACUAAAAGUACCAAGAAAAAUACCACUAGAAGUUUAGGGCUGCUUGAAGUGAUACACACAGAUAUUUGUGGUCCAUUUCCUCCUUGCAUAAGUGGUGAAAAAUACUUUAUCACCUUUAUUGAUGACUUCUCACGUUAUGGCUAUCUCUAUAUAAUUAAGGAAAAAUCCGAUGCUUUGAGUAUGUUUCAAAUUUUCAAGGCAGAGGUUGAAAAUCAAUUAGAUAGAAAAAUAAGAGUUGUGAGAUCUGAUAGGAGUGGUGAGUAUUAUGGAAAAUAUGAUGAAACUGGUCGUAAUUUAGGACCAUUUGCUAGAUUUCUUCAAGAUAACGGAAUUAUUGCUCAAUAUACAAUGCCCGGGACGCCAUAG